AUGACGUUGAAAUUAAGUAGACGCUUUAUCAGUCAAUUGUUUAUACGACGUUUUGCUUCUAAUGACUCGUCGUUAACAACAAUUGAUUCAAAUAAAGAAUUAACAAUAAAAAAGCCAUCAGAAAUAGCUGCACCAAAACGUGCUUUUACAUUAAUCAAUCAAAAAACAGUUCAUCAAAUAAAACGCAUUGAUGAUGCUCGAAUACAUAAUGAAAUCGAUUUUAUUCGACAACGACUAACAGAGAAACGGGUGAAAAAUAUUCCUAUCGAAACAGAUGUUCUUAUUAUUGGCGGUGCUAUCAAAGGUUCUUCUAUAGCAUUUUUUCUUAAACAACGUGCACCUGAUCUCAAAGUAACUGUCCUGGAACGGGAUUGGAACUAUACAACUUCAAGCACUGUUCUUUCUGCUGGUGGUUUACGCCAACAAUUUGCACUUGAAGAAAAUAUUCAAAUGUCUAUGUACUGUGCUGAAUUUUUGAAGCAUAUUCGUGAUCAUUUAUCUAUACUCGAUGAUGACCCAGUACCUGUUUCCUUCCAACAUAAUGGCUAUUUAUUGUGUGGAAGUGAACAGAGUGUUAAACUUUUUGAAGAAAAUCAUCAAACACAAACUUCAUUAGGAGCAAAAUCAAAACUAUUGACAUCAACUAUGCUUAAAAAACAAUUUCCUUGGUUGAACACAGAUGGUAUCGCAAUUGGCUGUUUAGGUGUGCAAAACGAAGGCUGGCUAGAUCCAUGGGCAUUGUUGACUGCUUUUCGACAAAAAGCACUAUCACUUGGUGUUCUAUACCUUAAUGCGGAACUUGUUGGGUUUGAUAAAGCAAAAAGAGUAUGGGCUGAUGGAACCGUAGAAAACCAAUUGGAUAAAGCUCUAAUUCUAUCUGCUGAAGAUAAUCAAAUAUAUCCAUUGGAUACAGCAUUUGUUAUAAAUGCUGCUGGUCCUUGGGCAGGUGAAGUAUCAAAAAUGGCUGGUAUUGGUGCUAGUGAUGAAUAUCCAGUGGCAUUACCCGUAGAACCACGGUAA